UAGGGAUUAUCCGGAACUCGUUUUGCCUUUUACACAUUGUAGCCGGCGGGAUCUUAAAGAACAGUUCCACUUCCGGGGCCGCCGGAAGCAGUUUUGCGAUGGCAACUUCUGCGGAGGCGCCUGCCAAAGAAGCUCAAAAACGUGACUCUCAGCCGCAGAAACAGAAGCGUGAGACCCAAGAUGAGGCGGAGCUCCUCACUGUCCCUGAUGGUUGGAAGGAACCAGCUUUUUCCAAAGAGGACAAUCCCAGAGGACUCUUGGAGGAGAGCAGCUUCGCAACCUUGUUCCCGAAAUACCGCGAGGCUUACCUGAAGGAGUGCUGGCCGCUGGUGCAGAAGGCCUUGAAUGAGCAUCAUGUUAAAGCAACGCUGGACUUGAUCGAGGGUAGCAUGACUGUUUGUACAACAAAGAAGACGUUUGACCCUUACAUCAUCAUUAGGGCCCGAGACCUAAUAAAGCUCUUGGCCAGGAGCGUUUCCUUUGAACAGGCAGUACGGAUACUUCAGGAUGAUGUUGCGUGUGACAUCAUUAAAAUCGGCUCUCUAGUGAGAAAUAAAGAGAGGUUUGUGAAGAGAAGACAGCGGCUUAUUGGUCCCAAAGGAUCCACCUUGAAGGCACUGGAGCUCCUGACAAACUGCUACGUCAUGGUUCAGGGGAACACGGUCUCAGCCAUCGGACCUUUCAGUGGCCUCAAAGAGGUUCGAAAAGUAGUCCUUGAUACCAUGAAGAAUAUCCAUCCAAUUUAUAACAUUAAAACCUUGAUGAUUAAACGGGAGUUGGCAAAAGAUUCCGAGUUACGAUCACAAAGUUGGGAAAGAUUUUUGCCACAGUUCAAGCACAAAAAUGUGAAUAAACGCAAGGAACCGAAGAAGAAGAGUGUCAAGAAGGAGUACACGCCCUUCCCGCCCCCACAGCCAGAGAGUCAGAUUGAUAAAGAAUUGGCCAGUGGUGAAUACUUUUUGAAGGCGAGUCAGAAGAAGCGGCAGAAAAUGGAAGCAAUAAAGGCUAAGCAAGCAGAAGCUCUUACAAAGAGGCAGGAAGAACGAAACAAAGCGUUUAUUCCACCUAAGGAAAAGCCAGCUGUGAAGCCAAAGGAAGCUUCUACCGAAACUAAGAUUGAUGUGGCUGCUAUCAAGGAAAAGGUUAAGAAAGCAAAGACGAAGAAACUGGGCGCUCUUACAGCGGAGGAAGUUAAGCUCAAGAUGGAGGCUGACGAAAAGAAGCAGAAGAGAAAAAAGUAGCAUUGGGAAAAAAUCCCGAACUUUCUAAGGUGUUUCCUUUUGUAAAGGAUUUUGAGAUGCGAAGGUUUUAGCUGAGUCAGACUCAGGAAAUCAUGACCAGUUUCCUUCUGUUUGUGGCCGUAUGCUCUGUAAAUAUAAAUACGUAGGAGGUAGAUGCCUACGUGUACAUUGUGCCCAACUGGUUCCAGGCAAGUUUUGCCUAGCUGUUUUAGGAAUAUCUGUUAUUUUAAAUUAUAUAGAUUUUUGGAAUGAGUCAUCAAAUCCAAUGUUUGUUGCCAUUGGUUGGUCUUCAUAAUACUCAGAACAUUUGGUUUUGAGGAAAAUACGUGCAAAAUUUCCACUUAAUUUCUUUUAUUAUUUUACUCCAGGAUUUAAAAAACAACAACAGAAAAUCCAAGGCCUCUAAAUCAAAUCUGUCACUGUUCUGAGUGAGGAAAUGGUACCAGGAAAAUGUAUAUGGGUAUCUUACCCUGCAGUAAGCAUGUGGGUCCCUUCUCCCACUGAGGCCAGAGGAGGGCAUAGACUCCACUGGAACUAGAGGUGUAGGUGGUAGUGAGACAGUGUGGGGACUGGAUAUCAGACACUGGGCUUUGCAAGAGCAGCAAGAAUUCUUGAGGGCAAUUGGAUUUAGAAUUAUCAACAUGAGUAUUACAGAUCUGGAAAUCUGAGAUUUCCUGGGCGUGCGUUACUCGCUGCAGUCCUUGCUAUGGCAACCUGGUCAGUCUGUAUUCGUAAUGCCGAAAGACAAGUUAACUCUGUAGACUUAGAAGAAAUUCUUUUGACUGAGAUUUUAUUGAAAAGUUUUUAAAUAGCCGCAUGUGAUUCAGUUGUCCCCCAACCACAGCUUUAGUCCAAAAGAACCAAGUUAGGAUAUUUGUGCUUUACCCAGAUGGUAAUUAUAACAGACAGUAAUAGGAGAACCGACUUAGCAAUGAGAAAGAGAGAUGUGUAUCUGUUACGCAGGUAUAUAGGCCAGUCUGGAUAAUCGACAGAGUAGUAACCUGUGAAACGAAGAAGAGUGGACUCAGUUUCCCAUGCUGUGCUAACCCAGCCUGCAUAGUGCCCCGGGAAAACAGCUUAAGGUUUGCAUACAUACGUGAGACCUGGUCUCGUCGUGGGUUAACUGUAAAACCAGAAUUAAGAAAAAGUUAGGUGUAGGGGAAGCUGUGUUUCUAAUUCUUUACAACCGUGACCUUGAUUUGGCUUUAAGUACAAUGAUUUUCAAAGAUCAGUCCAGUUUUGGCUGCAGUAUCAAUAAGAUAUUUUUCAGUCUUUUUAUAUGAACUUGAUAUGUAAAUUUUUGUACAAAAGACAUAUUACCAGGAUGAUUGAAAAAAAACAUGCCACAACUACCAGAUGAAUCUGGUUUUGAGCUAUGGUUGAAACUAAAGAUUAAAAUAUGAUUUGUAAAUAAUGCAAUUAAAGUAUUUCUUUUAAUUAAAGUAGUUUGUUUAUGAUGAAGGAGGUAGCAGUUUCUCAUCCAACCCAGCAGGACACCAAAGUCUCAGCCGGGUAUCUGGCUUAUCAGAUGAUGUCUCCCCCUCCCUUCUAAGCAGCCCUACCCAGCCUGGCUUCUGUGAGCCAGGCUGCUACAGAGGUGGCAGCAAAGAACCAUGGGAUUGGCAGAGCUGCAGUCGCUUUUGCUCCCUUCACACUGUGGAAAAAUCAGACUUCUUAAGGGCAGUCUGUUAAACUUUCCCUGCGGCCUCAGCUCUGCCUAGUGUGGCUUACCUACCAGUGUGGAGAGACACAAGACCCCCAGGUCUGGAGCAUUAGCUCCAAACUUCUGCCCAUGCAUCCUUUCUUUGUGCCUAGUAUGUUGAGCUGGCUUCUGGGUCUUACCACGGCCAGCUCAAAACACAUGCUCAUACCUUAAUUUUAUGGAAAGUUUUUAUUAUCGUACUUACUGCAGAGACUGUUGAGACACUUGUCAUCUUUUGGGCAAUCACUGCACGUGGCUCCUUGCUUAUAUGGCCACGUUGGGUAAUUUCCUCUGGAAAGCAGAAGACCGUUAGUACAGGGGCCAAUGAGUGUCACGUGAAUCCUGUGUUUAUGAACUUUAAUUUAUACUGUCACAUUUAUGAGGAGUCUUAAGGAGGAAUUAUUUUUGUUUCUGUUAAACAGGUAAGGAAACUAAAGAUCUUAGAGAUUAAUAAUUUGCCAAGAUGUCAGUUUAUAUGAGUGAACCAGGAAAGAAAAAAAAUCUAGAAAUGUCUUAUGUUGGGCUCUUUCUACUUAACCCAUUGCAUAUGUGAUAACUUCCACCCAUACACUGCCUAUCCUAGAAAGGCUAUUACACUUUGUAGGUGUUUUCUGUGUACCAGGCCAUCGUGGAUUUUACUAGAUACACCGUUCGGCUGGGGUAAUGACCUCCAGAAGAAAAAAGAAAAUUAGGAAAAACUUAUUUGUAUGUAAAUGUGAUAAUAACUGAUAACUAUUAUCUAAUCAAAUAUCUUAGGGAUAGAGAGAACUCAGUAAUUGAUCUCUUUAACAUGUUUGGACUUUUUCCUAUGCAUCCUUUGAGGAUAACUUAGUUUCAUCCAUGCUAGGCAAAUGUUCUAUCAAUGUACCACAUUCCCUAGCCCCAACCCCCAAAAAGCAACUUACUCUGAAACCAAAAGACAGUAGAAGAUACAGGCAUAUACAUACAUACAUACAUAUGUAUAAAUGUUCAUACAUGCAUGCAUGUAGGGCCGGGAAUGAAAUAUAGUAUAGUGUCUUUCAUUGUUAAAAAGCACAACACUCCAUAAGCAGCCUAAGUUGUAGAAUGGUUGUGAUUAAAUCACUAUUAUCUUAUUUUUUUAAUUGUCCAUUCCACACUAAAAGAGAAGGGGGAAAAUGUCACUUAAAAUUGGUAGAUUUGGCCAGGCGGUGGUGGCGCACACCUUUAAUCCCAGCACUUGGGAGGCAGAGGCAGGUGGAUUUCUGAGUUCGAGGCCAGCCUGGUCUACAGAGUGAGUUCUAGGACAGCCAGGGCUACACAGAGAAGCCCUGUCUCGAAAAACCAAAAAAAAAAAAAAAAAAAAAAUUGGUAGAUUUGUUUUGGGGCAAACAUGAAACAAGGAAGACCUGGGCUGGUUUGGGUGAAUUUCCUUAAGACAGAGAGACUUUACUGUGCUCUGCCGAAUCAAGCAGAAUAGUUUUGAAUUUGUUCUAGAAACCCUGUGAGGGGGCGGGGCGUGAGAGGGUUGGGAGCCUGGGAAAGAGGGAAGACACAGAAUAUGAGCAAAGGUCCCCAAGGGGAUGGCCUAAGGUGGCAGUGCCCAAAGAACACUGGGCACACUCAGGGCCGAAGCUUAACUCCCCUGUUCUGAGAGCCCUGGAGUCAUGGGUUAGAACAUGUUUAUAGAGUAUCCCCCAUCCACACACUGAAACUGACCACAUAUUAGGACACAAACAACUCUCAAGAAACAGGAAAAACUGAAAUAACAUUCACCCUGUACGAAAGGAAUAACAAUAGCAACAAAAAAUAAGCCAACACGUGAAACAUGUAGAGUAUUCCCACACGGAACGAUUCAGCAUUAUCUGUCAGUUUUAUAAUUACUGGAACCUAACCUGGUGCUAUCUGAAAAGUUCAACUGUCUAAAGCCUCGAAGUAAUUAGUGUUAACUGAGCAGCUCUACUUACGUUUUGAAGUGUGUGAAAGUUUGCUCUGAUUUAAACAAAAUAAGUUAAUGUCACUUCCCUUUCCUGGUAUUAUGGAUAUAUCAAUUUACAUCCUUGGCAAGCAUUUUAAUCAUGCUACUCUU